CUCGCUGGGACUCUGUGACCAGCCGUCUGUCACUUUUACCGGGGCUCAGUUUUCUGACAUUACCGCGGAAUGGGAAAUACUGGAUUGAUUUUUUUGUACAUUUGCACUGCAUGAAUGUGUCGCGUAAUGCGACCGACAAUAGAUGCCUUUUGGGGGAAAUAUUUAUGAUUUGGGACGAUUUUGUUGGAGUAGCUAGUUGCUAGCGCUGGGCUAGCGACUGUGCUCUCUACUUCGAACGUAUUUUGCAAGGAUGCUACGGUGGAUACGACAGCAGCUGGGCUUUGACCCCCCUCAUCAGAGUGAGACCAGGACGGUUUACGUAGCAAACCGUUUCCCCCAGCAUGGCCACUACAUACCACAACGCUUUGCAGACAACAGAAUCAUCUCAUCCAAGUACACAAUUUGGAAUUUUGUCCCCAAGAAUCUGUUUGAGCAGUUCAGAAGGAUAGCCAACUUCUAUUUUCUCAUUAUCUUCCUUGUACAGUUAAUGAUAGAUACCCCAACUUCCCCAGUCACCAGCGGUCUGCCUCUUUUCUUUGUGAUUACAGUAACUGCCAUAAAACAGGGCUAUGAGGACUGGCUGAGACACAAGGCAGACAAUGAGGUGAAUGGGGCUCCAGUGUUUGUGGUUCGUAGUGGAAGUCUGGUCCAAACAAGAUCUAAGAACAUCAGGGUAGGGGACAUUGUUCGUGUGGCUAAAGAUGAAACGUUCCCUGCUGACCUGGUGUUGCUGUCAUCAGAUCGUGCAGAUGGCACCUGUCACAUCACCACAGCCAGCCUCGACGGAGAGACCAACCUUAAGACCCACUUCUCUGUGGCAGAGACAUCAGUGUGUCAGUCAGUGUCCCAGCUGGAGGCUCUGCAGGCUGUGGUGGAGUGUCAACAACCAGAAGCUGACCUGUACAGGUUUGUUGGUCGGAUCACGGUGACUCAGCAUGGGGAGGAGAUAGUCAGACCGCUGGGUCCGGAGAAUUUGCUGCUGCGAGGGGCCAGGUUGAAAAAUACCAAAGAGAUUUUCGGUGUGGCAGUUUACACAGGGAUGGAGUCCAAGAUGGCCCUCAACUAUAAGUGCAAGUCCCAGAAACGCUCUGCAGUGGAGAAGUCCAUGAAUACCUUCCUAAUCAUCUACCUGGGCAUCCUCCUGUUCGAGGCCAUCCUCAGCACCAUCCUGAAGUAUGCCUGGCAGGCUGAGGACAAAUGGGACGAGCCUUUCUACAACCAAAAGACAGAACAAGAGAGAAACAGCAGUCCGAUCUUGAAGUUCAUCUCAGACUUCUUGGCAUUUUUGGUCCUCUACAACUUUAUUAUCCCCAUCUCACUCUACGUUACUGUGGAGAUGCAGAAGUUCCUGGGCUCCUUUUUCAUUGGCUGGGAUUUGGACCUUUACCAUGAGGAAAGUGACCAGAAAGCUCAGGUCAACACCUCUGACCUCAAUGAGGAGCUGGGGCAGGUGGAGUAUGUUUUUACUGAUAAGACGGGUACGCUAACGGAAAACGAGAUGCAGUUCCGUGAGUGUUCAAUUAAUGGAACCAAGUACCGGGAAGUUAACGGCAAACUGGUACCGGAGGGAAUGACAGACGAUUCACCAGAUGGUUCUACGCCCCACCUGAUUGGCGAGGAGUUAUUAUUUCUCAAGGCGGUGUCAUUGUGUCACACAGUUCAGAUCAGCUACGACCAGCCAGACUGCCUGGUUGGGGGAGGAGACCCAUUCUCCCAUGCAAACGGUUUCUCUUCCAAUCACAUGGAAUACUAUGCCUCUUCACCAGAUGAGAAAGCUUUAGUAGAGGCAGCAAAGAGAAUUGGAGUGGCCUUCACUGGCAGCAGCGGAGAUACCAUGGAAAUCCAAACAUUUGGCAAGUCAGAGAAGUAUAAACUGCUCCAUGUGUUAGAGUUUGAUGCUGACCGUAGGAGGAUGAGCGUCAUACUACAGACUCCCUCAGGAGGCAAAGUGCUGUUCACCAAAGGCGCAGAGUCAGCCAUCUUGCCUUUCACCACCAGUGGUGAGAUAGAAAAGACAAGAUUGCACGUUGAUGAGUUUGCACUGAAAGGUUUGCGGACCCUGGUGGUAGCAUGUCGCCACUUCAGCCCAGAGGAGUACAUCGAUGUGGACAGGUGUCUGAAUAGUGCCCGCACCGCGCUGCAGCAGAGGGAGGAGAGACUGCAGGAAGCCUUCAGCUACAUUGAGAGAGACCUGCAGCUCCUGGGAGCAACGGGGGUGGAGGACAAACUCCAAGACAAAGUCCAGGAGACCAUUGAGGCUUUACGGCUGGCAGGAAUCAAGGUAUGGGUGCUGACAGGGGACAAACAUGAAACAGCAGUCAGUGUCAGCCUGUCCUGCGGCCACUUCCACAGAACCAUGAACAUCCUGGAGCUCCUGCAGCAGCGCUCUGACAAUGAGUGUGCGGAGCAGCUCCGCAGACUGGCCAGGAGGAUAAAGGAGGACCAUGUCAUACAGCAUGGGUUAGUCGUGGAUGGGGCCAGUCUGUCUUUAGCGUUGAGGGAACACGAGAAGCUCUUUAUGGAAGUGUGUAAAAACUGUUCAGCUGUGCUGUGCUGCCGCAUGGCCCCACUGCAGAAGGCUAAGGUGGUACGUCUUUUAAAAACAUCUCCAGAGAAACCCAUUACCUUAGCUAUUGGGGAUGGAGCCAAUGAUGUCAGUAUGAUACAGGAAGCCCAUGUGGGCAUAGGUAUCAUGGGGAAGGAGGGUCGUCAGGCCGUGAGAAACAGUGACUAUGCAAUUGCCAGGUUUAAGUUCCUGGCUAAACUACUGCUGGUCCACGGUCACUUCUACUACAUUCGAAUAGCUACCCUUGUACAGUACUUUUUCUACAAGAAUGUGUGUUUUAUCACGCCCCAGUUUUUAUACCAGUUCUUCUGUUUGUUUUCACAACAAACUCUGUACGACAGUGUUUAUCUGACACUAUACAACAUCUGCUUCACCUCGCUGCCCAUCCUGGUGUACAGUCUGUUUGAACAGCUGGUCCAUCCACACGUACUGCAGAAUAAACCUGGCCUGUACAGGGACAUCAGCAAGAAUGCUCUGCUGUCUUUUCGGACAUUCCUGUACUGGACUCUGUUGGGCUUCUGUCACGCCUUUGUCUUCUUCUUUGGAUCGUACAUACUGAUGGGAGAAGACACCACACUUAUGGGCAAUGGACAGAUGUUUGGAAACUGGACAUUUGGAACGCUGGUCUUUACUGUCAUGGUCAUCACUGUCACAUUAAAGGUAACCUUGGCUUUAGAGACUCAUUUCUGGACAUGGAUGAACCAUUUUGUGACAUGGGGUUCGAUUGCCUUCUACUUCAUCUUCUCUCUCUUCUAUGGAGGCAUCAUCUGGCCAUUCCUCCACACCCAGGACAUGUACUUUGUAUUCGUGCAGCUGCUGUCCAGCGGCUCAGCAUGGUUUGCCAUCAUCAUCAUUGUCAUAACUUGCCUCUUUCCUGAUGUGGUGAAGAAGGUCUUCUACAGACAUCUGCUGCCCACCAGCACACAGAAGAGUCAGUCUCUAUCAGCCCCCCAGGCGCAGACCCUCAGCUGUGUGGAGUCCCUGUGCUGCUACCAACAUGGGCAGAGCGGCUGUUCCCGCCUGGCCCGCUUCCUGGAGCAAAUGACCGGGCAGUGCCAGGCCAGUGCCAACCAUUGCCACACGUCCAGCUGCAGCAACAGGUGGGGAGGACGACAACGACAACAAACAAUGAUUAUGAAACCUGAUGAAACGUCCCCGCAUCUCGGUUUCAAAAAUUUGGGCUGCAGUCCUGACUGCUAUAGCCCAUAAUGUGGCUACAACUCUACUGUCUUGGAGUGACGUGGACAACUUCUACUCCAACGAUCGCAGCAUCCUGACGCUGUCACCCAUCGAGGCCACCCACUGCUGACUCCCGG